CUCAUCCCAUCCCAACUCAUUAAGCAAAGCUUCUUCCUCUGUCGCGGCGCUCCAGCUCUGCUCUCCCACACUCCACGAGACCACUUUCCCCUCUUCCCCUCCAGCGCCGGGCGGAAAACCCCCCAACCCCCGAAAGAGAAGCUCCCGGCUCCCAAUCGAACUUACCCUGCCUUCCGGCGUCCUGCCCUCGCCGGCGCGGCUUUUAUUUCCACCCAAGAUUAUUAGCCUCCAGCUCAAUAAGCCCGAUUCAUCCAGCUCCGUCUCGAUGGAGGCCGAUGGCGCCGCUGCCAAGCUUCGGAUCAUCAACGACGCGGUGGAGGAGGUGCGCCGCAGAAGCGUCCGCGAGAGGGGCUGGACCAUCGAGCAGGCGAUGGAGGACAUGCGCAGCGGGGAGUGGGAGCGGCGUCGCAGGGUCUACCGCAGCGUGCAGGCCAACGCCCGGCUCGCCGAGGUUGACCCAUGGGAUCUCCCGCCGCGAUUCACCAUGCCGAAGGAGCCGGGGAGCUCGAGCCUGCGGACACAUUCUGGGUACUGGAAAGAGAAAGAAGAUGAGUUCAUCGGGAUCCGCUCCGAGGGAGGAGGACAAGGCUCGUCCUCGGCUUCCGGCUCGCCGUGCUACAAAGGGGUUAGGAGGACCCUGGAGUUUUACGAGCACAACGACACCAAGACGGACUGGGUCAUCCACGAGUACAGCGACCUCGACGACUACACAUUUGUGCAGCCUGGAUUUUGUGGGGACUUGCAGUUGCAUGACGAUAUCGUCUUUCGCAAGGUAUUCAAGAAAACACACACAAUAACAGAUAUCGUCAAGCUCGGCCAACAACGAUCACCGCGUGCGAUUGAUGCUUUGAUUUGUGAGAUGUUGUCAAUGUCCUUUGAAUGGAUGGAGAAGCAUACGAGUGGUUGUGAAGAAGCAGGAUUUGAGUGUAGGGAGUUUCCAACCCCGUCUGCUGAUCCAGAUGGAGAAUCAUCAGACGAUGUUUGGCAGCACUUCACCAGAAUAAACACCAAACAUCCCGAUGAGAUGUAUGCAGUGUGCCACCACUGUGACAGGGUGCUCAAGGCUCCUUCCAAGAAUGGCACAUCUCAUCUCAGAAGGCACCGUAAGACUAAGACAUGUACAUGCAACAACAAUCCAUCAUCCACUCCCGAAGACCUAGAGAUCCUGCGUAAGCUCCGUGCAAACCGCGAUCUCUACAAGCAGGGGAAGAUGGAGCGAUGUGUUGAAUCUGUAGUGGAACCGUGCGAUGUUCCCACCGCAGGCUACUACACGAGCUUGCUAAGCUUGAAGACCCAUCAGGGGUGCUGGAAGGAGAUUAAGAGUAAUGACAAGCUCAUCGCCAUCCGCAUCGGUCAGCUGCCGGUGCCGCAGUACGCCGGGCUGAAGAGGACCUUCCAAUUUCACCCUGACAAUGGCACCAAGAUGGACUGUAUCAUGCUCGAGUACCACCUGGUAGAUGAGUACAACACCCACGACCUGCUUCUUGAGGGGAUUAUGGUGUUUCGCAAAGUCAUCCAAGUUUUCAAAGAUGCGAUUAAAGAGUUGGAAAAGAUGUGGAAUGGGGACGAUGACGAUAAAGAGUGCUACAUUGAUGAGCGUGAAGAAGAGGUGAAGGCGUGCAUGAGCACCUUGCUCCAUGACUGCUUGCCCGGUGAGGUUCCUCAAGGUGAUCAAUCAGGGGUUAGAAAGCGCAAGAGAACUGGUGGUACGGAGGGUGGAUCAAAAGUUUGGCUGUACUUCACUAAGAUUUACACCACAGAUCCUAAGAAGGUGUAUGCAGUGUGCCACUGUUGUGACAGGUGUUACAAGGGUCACUCGAAGAAUGGCACCUCUCACCUCAAAAGGCACAACGAGACAUGCUCAAGCAAGCACCGGAAAGUGUAGGGGAAGAUGAAGCUCAGAGAACAGGAGAAGAGAGAAUGUACCGAAGCUAGGAACGAAAAGGAUGACCAUAAGCUGUCUUUCUUUAGUAAAAAUUGUAGUGUCAGUAAGGCAAGUCGUCGAGUUCUAUCGGAGGUCUUUUUAUAUUUAGGUACAAUGAUACCUGGGCCACCUAAACUAUGAUUUGGAUAUUGGAGGAGUAAAUCUUCUGAAUGUAAAAGGUGGAGGUGGGUUUUAUAGUAAGAUGUAUUUGAUGGGGAUCUGGAGCUUGCACUUUCUUUGGAACCCUACACUAUUAUUACUCUGCUUUUCAGUGUUCGGGCUGUUGGAGGCAGAUCCUUGAUGGAACUGGAAUGUGAUGUUAGGUUAUUAACCUGUUGCA